AUGGCAUCUAGCAUAAUUGAAAGAUUUGACAAGCUCUCACUCGUGGCGGACGGGCAAAAUCAUGCAGAUUCGGCUCGAACCAUCCUCGCAACCGUAUAUCCACGACCUGGGAAGACCGAAAGAAUCAUCGAGCUCUAUCAACCCAUCCUCAAAGACGGAGCAACCAAGGAGCCCGGAACUAUCCAAUUCCAACUCUUUGUCGACAUCAACCCCGAAACAGGAAACGAGGAGAUAUUUACUAUUGAGAAGUUCAAGAAUCUGGAAGCCCUCGAUUGCAUCAGCAGGGAGAGACGUUGA